AUGGCGAGCGCGGUGGACCCAGCGGGAGAACCAAUCCCAACGUCGGCGGUGCUGACGGCGGCGGCGAAGCACAUUCAGUUCAACUGCCAGGCCGAGAACGUGGCGUUUCUGAAGUGCAAGAAGAAGGACCCGAACCCCGAGAAGUGUCUCGACAAAGGUCGUCAGGUCACCCGAUGCGUGCUCACCCUGCUGAAAGAUCUUCAUCGGAGGUGCACAACGGAGAUGGAUGGUUACGUUGGAUGCAUGUAUUACAAUACAAACGAGUUUGAUUUAUGUCGCAAAGAGCAGGAGGAAUUCGAGAAGAAGUGCCCGUUGGCAUGAGAGCUUCACCCUUAUCCCGCCAUCAUCCCAAUAAUACGGGCAGUGUCAAAUGAGCGAAUAUUGUCGCAUACAUUUUCCACACAUCUUGUUUGUCGAGCUGAACUAAUUUUUGCUUACAGGAAAAUUUGCACCGUUUUAAACCAUGAUUGAUUUCUCUUA